AUGGAUAUUUAGCAAUUUGAAAAAGAACUCGUAACCAAAUUACAAUUCAAAGCCUCGUCAAGAGUAGGUGUAGAGACAGUCUUACUUAAAAUAUUCAAAUUCUUUGAUCUGACCAAUUAAGGAUUUCUAAAAAAAUAAGAUUUUCUUAAAGCUAUUGCUAAAUCUGGAGUAACCAUAACAGAAUAAGAAUUUGCCGAAAAAUUAUGGAGCCACUAUUCUGAUGGCGUGUAACUCAAUUACAAGGAUUUCAUCAAUAGAGUCGUUAUAAAAGACAGUUAUUAAGAAGAUUUCUCAGAAUCAAGGAUCAUAGCCUCCCCAUUAGAAUCCCUAAGAGCUAAGAUCCAACUGAAGGGAGCUUUGGGCUUGUUAAACUUAGCCAUAAGCUUGCCAAAUUAGUUUAACUGUCAACAAUUAUAGGACUAUUUAAGAAGAUAAGAUAUAGACAUCGAAGGGUUACAUUAAUUAUUUAAUGGAGAAUUCAUGAGUCAAGCUAAUCUGAUUGGUUUAAUAAAAGGACAGCUAUUAAAUUAGUUUCGAUAAGCAUUGAUCACAAAUGUAUUUUAUUCAUUUGAAGCACGUGAACUAACUCCACAGUUUUUGAUAAAUAGAUAUUCAGCUGACAAGCAUCCUGACAUCAAGUUUUUGAGAAGAGACUAAAAUGAAAUCAAAGAAGAAUUUGUUACAGGACUAAGUCUUUAUCUAUAAAUCAGAGCAAUAAAAGUAUUGAACCUAUAGGAUUGGCUUGACUUUUACUCUUAUUUUGGAUUCAACAUUCAAAACGAUGAGAUCUUCAGAAAUAUAGUAGUUCAAGUGUGGAAUCUAGAUAAUUUGAACUAACAAUAGGCUUCUCCUUCUUAAAGUGUAAAACAAAAGUCUUAUUAAUAAUAAUUGUAAUAAUCUCCUGGAUCUCAGAAGCAAGUCAUUUAAUAACUUAACUUUUCUCCAGAAAACAAGUCAACUAAAUCCUAUUAAUAAUAUUAAUAAUCUCAAAUACAAAGAACUCCAAUAUAAUAACAUUAAUAAGAACCUGAACAACAAAGACCUUCAGUACCCAGGUCUGUAAAAUCUCAUCAAUCAGAAAAAUCGCAUCAAUCUUAAUAGUCAUAGUUGUCUGCUACUUCAAAAUAGGUUGAGUUAAUAGUACAAAGGAUUAGAAAUAGAUUAGUAUCAAGAGGAGCUCGAGGAUUUAUUUCCUUGUAUAGAGUGGCAAAGAUUUUGGACGCUGAUUAAGAUGGAAUGCUCAAUUUAUCAGAAUUCAGAAGAGCUAUCAGAGAUCAUAAAAUAGAAGUUACAGAUCCAGAGAUAGAUUUAGUAUUCUAAUAUUUUGACAGAGAUGUUUCAGGAUUAAUUGAUAUAUGGGGGUUCAUGUUUGUGUUGAGAGGUGAGAUGAGUGAAUAGAGAAUCUAAUUAGUGGAAUCAUUAUUUGAAAAAUACAGGCAAGGAGACUACGUAACUAUUUCGAAUCUAAGGAAUAAUUUCACUGUUAGAAAUCAUCCAGAUUUAAAAAGCGGAAAAAAGAGUGAUGAUGAAAUCAUUUAGGAUUUCUUUGAACCUUUACAAUAAUUGCAUAAUAUCAAUGGAGGUUUUGGAAAUGAAAAUAUUAGUAAGGAUGAACUCAUAGAAUAUUUUAGCAAUUUCAGUGCUUCUGUCCCUGAUGAUAAAUAUUUUGAAUAAAUUCUUGUUACUGUAUUCAGAAUAUAAGCUGAAUAACAAAAAACACAUCAUGCUGGCAAUAAAUAAGUCUUUGAACCAGAUCAUAAGCGAAGUUACCUACAAGAUCAUCAUCGAUAUGUUGUUCAGGGUGGAAGUGUAUCUGCCAAUGCUCCUUUUGGCACAUUUACCCAAUAAGAACAAGUUUAAUAGUAAAGACCUGCUUCAGGAUUUGAAUAACCAGCUUCUUUCAACAUCUUCAAGCCACUUUAAGAUAAUCCUUCAAAAUCUAAUGUCUAAUUAGCUAAUUCUUAAUUGUCGCAAUAAUCACAAUAAAAUUAAUAAUAAUAAUUUCAUUAUUAAAUUGAUUAGACUCCUAAGUAGUAGAAAUAAAAAAUUGAUAGUUUUUAGAUUUUGAAAAACAAGAUUUUGUAAAGAGGAAUAAGAGGAUUGAUUAAUAUUUAACAAAGAUUUAGAGUGUUUGAUAAGUAAGGAGUGGGAUCCUUAGCCUUGAAUGAUUGGUUAAACAGCUUUAAGUCUUGGAGAUUGGACUUGAAUGACUAGGUAAUUUAGGACGUGUUCCAUUAACAGUAAGUCAAUGGGAUGAUUAUUUAUGACAAUUUUGUUAAAUAACUCUAAGGUACUAUGAGUCUUAGGAAAUUCAACAUUCUAUAAUAGGUAUUUGAAUCUUUACCUAAAUAAAACGUUGAGAUUGUGAAAAGUUCUUUUAAUUCCAAGGAGCAUCCAGAUGUUAAAUUAAAUAGAAGAAGGGAAGAUGAUGUUCUUUGUGAAUUUAUUGAUACAUUCGAAUAGCAUCAUUAAAUAUAUACUGGAACAGACUAUUUGAAAAAUCCAAAUGUCACAUUUGAAGAAUUUAUCAAUUAUUAUAAUAACUUGAGUGUUUUAAUAGAAGAUGAUACUUAAUUUGAAUAAUUCUUAGGAGCAGUCUGGAAUCUUAGAAAAAGAUUAUGAAACAUUAACAUAUAUAUAUUUUAUUAUAAAAUACUACUACAAUAUAAA